AUUUAACAUCUGCAAACCGGCAGUUCAGUCUUCGAUAUGGGAGCUUAUUGACAACUUCGGUGUAGUGUCACACUCUACAGCUGUAUACAGGUUUUGCGGAUUCAGUUGUGAGUGUUCUCUUCGUUUUAAGUGAGUAGAUAUCAAGAAGUGACGCAAUAGUUUUGGCGGAAAGGAAAAGUCAACAAGCUGCGGCGGAGCAUCCAUCGCCUUCUCGAAGACCGCCAGCAAGUGCAUACCAAUGAAAUGAAACCGAUACGGUGAAUACAGUGUUUAAAGCUAGUUUGGCCGCUGAAAAUGUGAAUGUUUUUCCCUCCUCUGUUUUCGGGUGAAGCGUUGUGAUUGUGCAUUAAUCAAUUUGUGAAUGUAAGUCAAUAUCGAAAUCCCCGGGAAACGACAGUCGUAUUGAGAGGAGACCAGAAAACGGCAAAAACAAAACCAAAAUGGGGUUCUCAUCGGCGCUGCAAGGUCGGGCGGCGCACGAAGCGCUGCUCAACCGACAGGAAGCCGAACUGAAACUGCUGGACACAAUGAAACGGUGCCUGAUUCAGAAGAGCAAGUGUGACAAGGAGUACGCCACCUCGCUGGCAGCUGUUACGCAACAGGGUCUCAAGGUUGACCGAUCGGAUGAUCUGCAAGGAAGUCACGUAACGCGGGCUUGGCGCGCCUUCAUGGAGGAACUGGAGCACACGGCCAAGCAGAUUAGGGCCAAUGCCGAGCAGCUGGAGGCACUGUGUCUGGAGAAACUGGCCCAUCUGUACCAGGAGAAGCGCCGGGUGCGGAAACAGUACCAGGAGGAGCACACCAAGAUUGCGUCCAAGUUUAGCCUG